UUCUUGCCUUUUCUUUAUUUUACCCCAUGUCCAUUCCGUCUGGAGCUUCGGCAGCUGUUCUACAGCCUUCCGAUCCCGUUCCAGAUACAGCUGUAUCCGUGGAAGGUCCUAACUUUGAUAAUCCACUCUCCCUCCAAGAAAUCAUCGGUAGCUAUGAACGAAUCGGGUUUCAGGCCAACAGUUUAGGUCGGGCCAUCGAUAUCGUCAACAAAAUGCGUAAAUGGCGUCUCUCUGAUGAACCAGUAGCUGACGAUGAGUCAGAAGAGUACAAAUCCUUCGAAGCUCGUAGUCAAGUACAUUGCAACGUAUUUCUGGGCUACACCUCCAACCUCAUCUCCUCCGGACUCCGAGAAAUCAUACUCCAUCUUGUCAAACACAAGCACGUCUCCGCUCUUGUCACCACAGCCGGCGGAAUCGAAGAAGACUUUAUCAAAUGCCUUGGCAAGACAUACCUCGCUGAUUUCAACCUCGAUGGUGCCGAUCUACGUAGACGAGGCAUGAACCGUAUCGGCAACCUCGUCGUGCCAAACGAUAAUUAUUGCAAGUUUGAAGAUUGGCUUAUGCCGAUUCUUGACUCCAUGCUUGUCGAACAGAAGGAACACGGGAAGAUCUGGUCACCGAGUACCUUCAUUCGACGGCUGGGCAAGGAGAUAAACAACGAGGAAUCUGUGUACUAUUGGGCUUACAAAAACGACAUACCGGUGUUUUGUCCUGCCUUGACUGAUGGCUCCAUAGGAGACAUGAUAUACUUCCACUCCUUCAAGAAUCCAGGACUGAUAGUCGAUAUUGUGCAAGAUAUCCGUGAGUUGAAUGAGCUCUCAAGGAAGUCUAGAAAAGCAGGAAUGAUUAUCCUUGGCGGCGGAGUUUGCAAGCACCAGAUAGCUAACGCGAUGCUGAUACGUAAUGGUGCGGAUUACUCCGUUUACAUCAACACCGGACAAGAAUUCGACGGAUCAGACUCUGGAGCUCGCCCAGACGAAGCCAUCUCUUGGGGAAAAAUUCGCGCAGGAUCGGAAUCUGUCAAGGUGUUUGCAGAUGCGACACUGGUCUUCCCUCUCCUCGUAGCAGCCACUUUUGCUCGAGAUGCCAACGCAAAACAGUGAUAUGUAAAGAAAUCGCACGAUACAAAUAUUCGCUGCGUGUAGAGAAGACGACUAUAGCCAAUAAUGUAUUCGUUCUUGUGCAGUACUAAAAC